AUGGACCGCCAGCAGCUUGAAAAGCUUUCCCUGCAGGAGUUGCAAGCCGAGCUUAGGAAAUACAGUUUGGCUGUGCUAAGCAAUCCUGCGAGUUGUAUCGAUGCCCUCAUGUCCCAUUUCGAGAGGAACGCGCCGGUGGACCUGCUGGGCCUGAACCCUCCAGAUAGCGGCUGUACGUCGACGCCGUUAUCGGAGGUAUCCAACGCUGCAAUUCAACAAUUUCUGCAGCAAUUGAUUGAUCAAAACUCAGCUCUAUCUGAGCAAAUAAAAUUGCUGGUGCAACUAAACUUAAAUACACAUAAUCAAAGUGCGCAGAGCCCUCACACUCAGAUUUCAGGCGCCCAGAUUUUGGAUUCACACACGCUGGAUGUACCGGGCUUCCAGUCUCCACACGCACAGUCUCCUAGGGUCCGAAUGCCGGAUGCCCUCGUUCCAGGAGCUUCACGGUCCCCGCCGUUAAACACUUCCAUGCAUGGUGAGGACCAAUAUCUGACAGAUAUGACAGCUGGGCAGGCUAUCAGGAUGCUCACCACUCAGAUCCCUCUGUUCGGAGGAACAGAGGAUGAAGACAUCGAGCUUUGGAUUCGGAAGGUGAAGUACAUCGCGGCUACGUAUGGUGUUUCGGACAAGCUGGUAAAUUUGGCUGCCUCGGAGAGACUCACCAAAGACGCCAAGGACUGGCACGAGAUGAACAUUGGACCUACUACAAGUUCAUGGGCUUCAUUGAAACCUGCACUGGUCAAAGCAUUCCGUCGCAAGGUGCCCAUUCACUUGGCGAUACAAAAGGUGGACGCUCGCAAAUGGAACUUCUCGAGGGAAAGCUUCCAACAGUAUGCAAGACAAAAGUUGAAGUUGAUGCACCCGCUACAAUUGUCUGAGCGGGACAGCAUUCAAUUAUUGAUUAACGGCAUUGGAAGUGUGGCACUAAGAGAUCACCAGCUCUUGUGCCGCUACAACAGCGAGGAUGUCCCCCCCCCACCAGUUAAGAAAGAGAGAGGCAAAGCCUCGCCGCCCUCUCCGACGAAGUCCAACCAGUGGUCGAGGGAAGCUAAGGACUCGCAGUGUUUGCAGGGUUAUUGCAAGGCGAAGGGCCACAUGAAGGAAGACUGCUUUAAACUGAGACGAAGGGAGCAAGCCUUGUCACAGAAUUCUACGCCAGUGUCGUCCAAGUCAUCACUCUCAGCCGCGGAAGUUAAAGCAGCUACGUCGCAGAUUGGCUGCGUCGGUAGCCGGCCAACAUCAGAUGAUGAGGCGAUGCCAGCAGAUCCUGAGACAAUUGGGUGCGUCGAGUCGAGCCAGCAUCGGAAGUUUAAGAUAAGCGACACGGUUGUUAAAAUUUUUGCGGUUAAUGGUUCGAAAUCGAAUCUUAUUGCUUUAAUUGAUACCGGCAGCCCAGUUUCGUUUUUGCAAUCGUCGGCUUUAGAUAGUCUGCGAGAACAGUUACCGGAUUGUCUUGCUAAAGCCAAUUUUAAAGUGAUUGAUGACUCAGGGUGGUCUACCCACGCAAUUCUUGGUCGGGAUUUUAUUGCGGCCAAUAAUCUUCAAUUAUUGUACGAUCCUUUGGAUCCGAAAUUAUCUAACAGAGUUAAACUUAUGAACGAAGUAGCCUCGGCGGACAUACUGGAGGACGAGCCUCCGCACCUGCCUGCUAUUGAUAUUCAAACUGACUUCGGCCAUUUAACCGAUCAAAAGGUGUUGCAAAUUAUUAAAGAAGUAGACGAAUCAAAUAUAGCCAAGGUAGAGGAUGGCUAUUGCGUCUCGGUCGUUUUAAAGGAUAACUCGACUUUUGCGUACGCUCCAAGAAGGUUCGCUUGGAUGGAGCGCUUACAACUUAGAAAAAUAAUUGACGAUUUAAUUGAGCGGGGCAUUAUUGCGGAGAGUUGCUCCCCUUAUUGCUCGCGCGUAGUUCCGGUGCGAAAAAAAGACGGAAGUUUGCGCCUGUGUGUCGACUUGCGGCCGCUUAACGACCGUACAAUCAAACAGAACUAUCCUUUCCCAGUGAUCGAGGAUUGUCUUGCUAGAAUCGGGCCGCGAGUAAUGGUGUUAACUCUGCUUGACAUAAGAGAUGGCUUUCACCAAAUCAAUAUACACCCGGACUCGACGAAGUAUUUUUCGUUUGCAACCCCGGAUGGUCAAUAUGAAUUUUUAAAGCUGCCAUUUGGCUACUGCGAAGCCCCAGCUGAGUUUCAAAAGAGACUCAUUCAUAUUUUGCAACCACUCAUUCGCCAGGAUAAAGUUCUGGUGUACAUAGAGGACAUGUUGAUUCCUUCUUGUACAGUGGAAGAAAAUUUAGCAGUCUUGAAGGAGGUUCUUAUUCUCCUCAAAAAGUAUGAUUUUGAGCUUAAUUAUAAAAAAUGUAAAUUCUUGAAAAAAAACAUCGAGUUCCUCGGUUACAACAUAUCCCAGGAUGGGAUGACAUUGAGCGAAAGGCAUGUCAGCGCAAUGCGUGACUUCCCGUCUCCGCGAAACGUUCACGAACUCCAGCGAUUCCUGGGCUUAGUGAGCUUCUUUAGGAGAUUCAUUCCCGAGUUUGCGGUCAAAGCAAGACCGUUGUACAAUCUUCUCCGAAACGGAGUUCCCUUUGAAUUUGACGAUAUCUGCGAAAACGCGUUUAACAUGUUAAAAUCUAUUUUAAUUUCAUAUCCGAUCGUUCGUCUAUACAAUCCUAGUCUUGAAACUGAGCUGCAUACAGAUGCUAGCUCCAUCGUGUUAGCGGCUAUACUCCUUCAAAAGCAGGAUCGCGGCAAAUGGACGCCCGUGGCGUAUUAUAGUCAAGCGACCAACGAUGCAGAGAGUCGCUACCACUCAUUCGAGCUCGAGAUGCUCGCCGUUGUAAAAGCCGUGGAACGUUUCCACAUUUAUUUGUACGGAAUUGAAUUUACUGUAAUAACAGAUUGCCACGCGUUGGUUUAUGCCCUAACCAAAGCGCAUGUCAACUCGCGAAUUGCGCGUUGGACUUACAGACUACAAAAUUAUAGGUUUAAGGUUGUUCACCGCAAGGGUGAAAAAAUGGCGCACGUGGACGCCCUUAGUAGAGUGGUGGCGUCGAUAGAUGCGUUACCUCUCGAAAGAGAAUUGCAAAUCAGGCAAUUGACCGAUCCGCACAUCCGGGCAUUGGCUGAGCACCUUGAGUCGGGUGAACAUGAACACUUCACCCUAUUCGAGGGGUUAGUAUACAGGAAAUUUGAAGAUAAGCCCCGAUUUUACGUUCCGGACAGCAUGGUCCACAAUAUCAUCCAUCGUUAUCACGACGAAUCGGCCCAUUGCCGAUUUGAUAAAACGGUUCAAGGCAUCUUAGCCAAUUAUUGGUUUCCGGCGUUAAGAAAUAAGACCAAGAAGCACUUAGAUAAUUGUUUAACUUGCUUGCUGGCUAACUCCUCCAGUUGUACCAGGAAGGGUGAAAUGCAUCUCACCGAAACGCCUAAGUUACCCUUCGAGAUUAUUCACCUUGAUCACUUUGGCCCUCUCAUAGAGUCACGAGAUAAGAUUAAACAUGUACUGGUAGUGAUUGAUGCGUGUACACGCUUCACCUUUCUGUUUCCUUGUAAAUCAACGGGCUCUUUAGAGGUUAUUAAUCACUAG